UGCAGGAGUAAAACUCAAACUGGAGGCAAACUUGGAAGGAGAAAAUGAAAUCUGCUUUACAGCGAACAGGUAUGCUUUGUUUUGAGAAAAUUCACAGACUCCUUGAAAGGGGGAAUUAAACACUCCCCACGGACCAUGUCUGUGCUUCUCAGCAACUUGUCGACCAAUGACUCUAGCCUAUGGAAGGAAAACUAUAAUUCUACGGACUUUUUAAAUCCUCCGGGGCCUCUGAAUCUCUUCCUUUUCUGCCUGACCUGCUUCAUGACUCUGGCCGCGCUGGCGGGCAGCAUCUACUCGCUCGUUUCCCUCCUGAAAAUGCAGCACCGAACCGUCGUGUCCAUGCUGGUGGCGUCCUGGUGUGGGGACGAUCUCUUGAGCGUGCUGUCGGUGACCAUCUUCAUGUUCUUGCGGUGGCCGGACGAGAUCCCGGGCUACGUCCAGUCUCUGUGCACCGCCUCGGCCUUGCUGUACACAUGCCAGGGCCUCUCGAGCAACUUGAAGGCGACGCUCCUGGUCUCCUAUAACUUUUACAGCGUGUACAGGGCGGUGGGGAGCCAGGCGGGCUCCCGGCGGCCGGGCCCGGUGCUGGCGGUGGCUCUGGCCGUGUGGGCAGCCAGCCUGCUGCUCUCGGCGCUGCCCCUGGGCGGCUGGGGCGCCUUCGUGCGCACGCCCUGGGGCUGCGGGGCCGACUGCUCCAGCUCCUACGUGCUGCUGCUCUUCGCCGUGUACGCGGCCGCCUUCGGGCUCCUCGCGGGCCUCGCCGGGCCGCUCGCUCACCAGUUGCUGUGCUCCGACGAGCCGCCCCGGCUCCACGCCAACUACCAGGAAAUUUCCCGCGGAGCGUCCACGCCCGGGAGCCCGUCGGCCGCGGGGCGAGUGCUGCCGCUCUGCCCGGAGGAUGCCCUGCGCCCGGCGGACGUGCGGGGCUCGCGGGGGCCGGACCUGGGCUCUGCUCCCGCCGCGGGCGCCGGGGCGCGCGGGCCGCUGCACGGCUGCAGGAGUUCGACCGUGAGCGUGGCGCAGAGGCGCUUUGCCUUGAUCCUCGCGCUGACCAAAGGCAUCCUCUGGCUGCCCAUGAUGAUCCACAUGGUGGUCCAGCACGUGGUGGGGUUUCAGAGCCUUCCCUUCGAGACACUCAGCUUUCUACUAACCCUGCUGGCCACCACAGUAACCCCAGUGUUUGUCUUGUCCAAACGCUGGACCCACCUGCCCUGUGGCUGCAUCAUCAACUGCAGGCAAGACUCAUCAUUCGCAGGUGCAUCCGACGAGAAGAAAAGUAAGUCCUCUGCCUUUGAAUUCAAUCUAUCAUUCCAACGAAGUUAUGGAAUUUAUAAGAUAUCACGUGAAGAUUACUAUGAGGAUGAUGAAAAUUUUAUACCCUGUCACAGCCGGAUGAACUAUGAUUUUGAAAUGACAAAGGACUCUCAGAGAGACACCGGCAAUUUCUUCAAUGCCAUCAAAGUGGAAAUCAGCACCACGCCUUCUCCGGACAGCUCCACCCUGAGAGGCAUCAACAAAUGCACGAAUACUGAUGUCAUGGAUCCUAGUCCUGAUUCUGGCAAAGACAAAGACAUUGACCCACUGUUUUCUGAGAAAUCAGGAGGUGAUAUUAACUGUGAAGAAGCUGCCUUUUUGGAAGGGGCAGAAAGAAGACUUUCUCACGAGGAGAAUCAGAAACCGGACCUUUCAGACUGGGAGUGGUGCCGGAGUAAGUCAGAAAGAGCUCCUCGUCAGCGUUCCGGUGCCCUCGACAUCCCUCUGUGUGCGUUCCAGGGGACUGUGUCCCUUCAUGCUCCGACCGGGAAAACCCUGUCCCUUUCUACCUACGAGGUCAGUGCAGAAGGGCAAACCAUCACUCCCGCGGCUAAGAAAAUAGAAGUCUAUCGAUCCAAAAGUGUGGGCCACGAGCCAAACUCUGAGGAUUCGCCUUCAAGUUUUGCAGACACAAACGUGAAGAUACACUUGGAGGUGCUUGAGAUCUGUGACAAUGAGGAGGCCUUGGACACUGUGUCCAUCAUCAGCAACAUCAGCCAGUCCUCCACACAGGUCAGGUCUCCGUCCCUGCGGUACUCACGCAAAGAAAACCGAUUUGUUUCCUGUGACUUGGGGGAAACGGCCUCCUACUCCCUGUUUUUGCCUACAAGUCACCCGGACCGUGACAUGAACAUCUCGAUCCCAGACACUGUUGAAGCGCACAGGCGGAACAGCCAAAGGCAGCAGCAGCAGGAGAGAGACGGCUACCAGGAGGAGAUCCAGCUGUUAAAUAAAGCUUACCGGAAAAGAGAGGAGGAGGGCGAGGACCAUUAGGGACCAUUUGGUCUCCUAAACUCACACCUUGGUUCUGUUUGUACUCCGAUUGGCUACUGGAGUUCUCUUUUUACUUGGUUUGCAUAGGGAAGCCCCGGCAGUGGGUUAGACGCUGGACUCUAAUAGAAAGGUCAGCCGUUCAAACCCACCAGCCAUUCUAUGGGAGAGAGAUGGGGCCGGCCGCUUCCAUAAAAAAUGGACAGCUUUAAAAACCCGGUAGGGCAGUUCUACUCUGUCCUAAAGAGCUGAGAGGAAAUGGAAUCAGCACCAUGACAGCGGUUUUGUUUGGGCUUGGUUUUCAUAAGCUUCCCAGAUUUACUGGUUUAUUUCUUUUCGUGCCAACAGCUGGAACUAGUGCAAACACUUAAGUGCAUUUGA